AUGCAGCCUAAGAGACUAGUCCUGUGUAAGAGAUCCAACGUUGAUUGGCGAGAUGCUCAGGAUCAAAUAGCUUUCGACGGCCCGGGAAACAUCGCAUCGAUGAGUCUGUUUCUGGUCAAUGGUGGAUACAUGGACUGGCCGAUUAUCGAAUAUGUCUAG